GGGCGUGGCCGCGGAGGGCCCUUCUGCGGCUGCGCGGGUGUGGUCGCAGCGCCGACGCGGGCGGGAGUGGGGUCUGCCGCUGGGUGGCUGACGCAUGGCCCCGCGGGGAGGCGCCCCGUGCCUGGUGCUGCUGGUCAGCGGGAAGAGGAAGUCCGGGAAGGACUUCGUGGCCGAGGCGCUGCGGAGCAGGAGCACGACCUGGAUUUCCAGAGACUCCUGGAUGCCAGCGCCUACAAGGAGGCCUUUCGGAGGGAUAUGAUCCGCUGGGGGGAGGAGAAGCGCCAGGCCGACCCCGGCUUCUUCUGCAGGAAGGUUGUAGAGGGUGUCUUCCAGCCUGUCUGGCUGGUGAGUGACACACGGAGGGUGUCGGACAUCCAGUGGUUCCGGGAGGCCUAUGGGGCUCUGACACAGACCGUCCGUGUGGUAGCCUCGGAGCAGAGCCGACAGCAGCGGGGCUGGGUGUUCACCACAGGCCUCACUUUGGUGACAUGGGUGGGAACCCGAUCUGCUCAGCAAACCAUCUGUUACCUGAGCUCCCGGGCAAGAUGUCCCACAGAACCCUUUGUCCAGUGCCGCAGCCCCACCACUCUGCUCAGCAGUGCUCCCUGCCACCAUCUGCAGCCCGCAAAGCUGGGCCUGGGCUCCCUCACGGUAUGCCCAGCAUCUAGCACAGUGCCAGGUGGGCAAGAUGCACUGUCAUACACGUGGACCAGACUGUGAACCUGAGCUGUUUUUAAAGGGACCUAGAGGGGCCAGGUGCGGAGAGCGUGCAAUGACAUUUGAACACCGUGGAGACUGAGUCCCUUACCCACCAUGGCUCCGAGCACCAAUCAUGCCUGUGUGCCAGCACCAGCGCUGAGGGGGAGGCAGAUACACCCGACUCCCAGUUCUCCAUGGUGACGAGGGCCUUGACGGUUGGCAACAGCAGAUGAUCUCCAACACGCUUCACACGCUUUGAGUCACUGGCUUCCGCCGCCCCCCACCAUCACUUUGCUGGUGUGGCUGACAAACUGCCACAGGGAUUCACAUCUCUCUUCUCUCUUCACCCAGCGGAGCUGCUCUGAAAUGGCCAAGGCUGGGCCGGUGGAGGAGGAGCAGAGGGCGAACGUAGCCCCCUCCCCGCGGAGCUGGGUCCUAUACCCCUGGGGUAGUCUGACUUGGCUUUCUGCAAGCCCCUUUAGGGGGUGGAGGAGGGGAAGGUGUGGCCUCCCCUGGCAGGACCCCCAGACCCCAGGGGCACAAGUUGCCUCCCGGUGCCCACAGGGCCUCCCCUCAUGACACAGACUCCAUGCAAACCAGCAGCGGGCCUGCCCCACCCCCUCUCCUCAGCCACGCCUUAACCAAACUUGAUGGUGCUCAUUGAGGUCAGAGCUUCUGCACUGAACUGGGCAACAGAGGCCCCCUCACUUCCCCAUGCUCCCCUCCCCUCCCCCUGCUAAACUCCUUCCCAGAAGAGGGAUGGAAAGCAGGAGAGAGAGAAGCGAAUGUAUGUUGAGGACCUACUACCUGCUGUCCACUGCCUUGAGGAGACCACAGCUUUCCAGGUAGAGCUGAGCCAGGCUUCCAUAGCAGGACUGGCUGCUUGCUUGUCUCUGGAGGUCUCUUCUGGGAAAUGGCUGCCUUGGCGCCAACAAUGCACACCUCAGUCUCCCGCAGUCCAAACCCUGGGGGGUCAGGUCUCUGCAGAUCUCUCGUGAAUGUGUCCUCUACAAUGGAAGUUCCAUCAGCCAAGAUUGGGGUUCUGAGUGCCCUUGGCCCCCUAAACAUUCUUUGCUGGGCAUGGAGGAGCUGGCAGUGUUGGGAGCCUUGGUCAGGAAAUGCAGAAGGGCCCCACUGACAGGGUCAGAGUGCAGGUUUGGAAGCCUCCGGUCUCGGGGUUGCCGGGCAGGGGCUCAUCCCAUCUCCCUUCCUUCCCGUCUUGCCUCCUGACCGGUUCAGAAGUGUCUCUACUGGAAGUGGAUGCCAGAAGGAGGUCCAAAGCCACUGGAGGAUGAGCCCUCAAGGGCUCCCCAGGAGUAUCCCUGACGGCCACAGGGGAAGUUGUGUGACUUCAUGUAAAUCUGCUCCGGAUGCAACUUCAGAAGCAAGCAGAGGAGGCAAGCUUUCCUUGUGGGACAUCCCCCCAGGUACAAUAAUGGCAUAGUGUUGGCACAUAGUCUUUCUGGGAUGGAUGGCCUUGUUGCACUCCCAUCCUGGAACUCAACUUUCACACUUGGCCAACAUGAGGGGUCCAGGCCUUCGGAGUCUGAGGCUCAGCUGUUGAAUCUCGGGCAAGGCCACGGGCCUCCAUGCGCCCCAGUUUCUCUUCAUAAAAUGGGGGCUCUGGAACAUGCCACCCAGAGCCCUCAGGAUCCCCGUGAAGUGGUGGCAUGAUGCUGGGUGAAUGGCUGCAGGUCUGAUUCUGAGCUGUAUGGUCUGGGUCUGGUACCAGGGCAGCGGAGGAAGUGUUCCUUUCUCCGUAUCCAGUGACAGGCAGCCUGGAAAUUCAGAGUAAAAAUGUCCUCUCUUCCCUUGACCCUCCAGGGUCUCCUGGGCUGGUGAGUGGGAAGAGAGGGUGCCCUGGGUGGAGGGCAGGACCAGGCCUGGAAGGCCCCUAGGCCUCACCUUCACUGAGGUCCCAGCCUCCCCCCCCCGCCCUGGGGCUGCACUGGUGGGCGCUUUCCCGGCCAGAGCACCCCUUGCUGAAUUUGGCCAUGUGCCAGGGGCCUGGCUGUGGCUCUGCGCAAACAGCAGGCUGGGGUGGCUGGGGUCCUCCUGUCCAGCAUGGCAGGCCCCGCGCUCUGGGGCCCAACACUGGCCAUAGGCAUUGUCCUGGAGUGGCCUCACGGUCCAGGAUGAGCAGUAAUUUGCGGGUUUUCUGAGCGUGGGCUAGAGCUGUGCUUGUUAUAAAGUGCUGGAGUGAGUUAGUCUAGUGCGUGAGCCUCACAGCUGCCCUGUGCACGCUCGUCGUGGUCUUUGCGGCCCCUCUUUCCAAGGUGAGCCCUGGAAUAGCCCUUACACAGUCCGGAGAAGAAACAAACAAGCAAAACUUCUGUUUUGCUUCCCUGUAUCUAAUGGCAGAAAUAAAAACACAGGAGAAAUAAAUGUGGGGAUUUGGCAAAAUCUA